AUGAAGGAGCUUUGGACGAAGGUAGAAAGCGAGUAUCACGGCAAGUAUUACGACUUCCCAGCUGUGUAUUCGUUCCCGCGACCGACGCAGCGCCCGCACCCGCCCGUCUUGCUGGGCGGCAUGGCACGCAACGUAUUCAGGCGCGUGGUUGACUAUGGCGACGGCUGGAUGCCCAACCGAGUAACACCGGAACAGAUAAAGCAGGGCAGCGAGACAAUCGCGGAGCUUGCGGACGCCGCGGGUCGAGACCCAUCAUCUAUAAGCGUGUCAGUGUUCGGGCAACCCGCCGACCGCGGCCUUAUAGAGCAGCUGCUUGAGGCAGGAGCGGACCGCGUGAUGGUUCGCUUGGAAACCGCUCCAGAGGAAGAGUCCAUCGCCGCUCUGGAGAGCAUCGCUGAGACGGUGCUGUAA